UGGGGUUUGGUUCCCCUACCACUAGAGGAUAGUAGGACUUUAUGGGUAACUCAUUUUGCUGUUUUGGGGCAGCUUUAUUGAGGGCGUUACUUAACGGCCAAAAACUACCACAACUGUGGAAUCCCAUGGCACGUGAAAUCAGGAGGCUGAUUGGUCCCACAUGUAUAGGUUAAUCAGGACAUUGAAGUAUGCAUUUAGUCCUUUUAUAAGUCACCCUUUCCUCUCUCAACUUCACCUCUCCCAACAAAAAAAUGGCAAUUCCUUCACUUUCUCUGUUCUUCCUCUUCGCCUCCCUUCCUUUCAUUUCCUCUUCCCCAGUUAAGGACCCUGAACUCGUAGUUAGAGAUCUUAACAGGGCCAUUAAUGUCUCUAGGAGGAACCUUAGGCAUGCCUCUUGUGGCACUGGCAACCCUAUAGAUGACUGCUGGAGAUGUGACCCUCACUGGUGGAAGAACCGACGGAGGCUAGCCGAUUGUGCGAUCGGGUUCGGAAAGAAUGCCAUCGGCGGAAGAGACGGUAAACUAUACACUGUCAUCGAUUCCAGCGACAAUGACCCUGUAAACCCUAAACCCGGAACUUUAAGACAUGCUGUGAUCCAAGAAGAACCAUUGUGGAUAGUUUUCGCUGGUGAUAUGACCAUAAAAUUGAAAGAAGAACUCAUCAUGAACUCUUUCAAGACGAUCGACGGCCGAGGCGUCGAUGUUCACAUAGCCGGUGGUCCGUGCAUUACCAUUCAGUUUGUCACCAACAUCAUCAUCCAUGGAUUGAACAUUCAUGAUUGUAAACAAGGAGGGAAUGCUAUGGUGAGGGACUCCCCGCGGCACUACGGUUGGCGGACCACAUCGGACGGCGACGGGGUUUCCAUCUUCGGCGGUAGCCAUAUUUGGGUGGAUCACAACUCUUUAUCAAACUGCAAGGAUGGGCUGAUUGAUGCCGUUUAUGGGUCCACUGCAAUCACCAUCUCAAACAACUACAUGAGUCACCAUGAUAAGGUCAUGUUGUUAGGGCACAGUGAUUCCUACACUCGAGACAAGAACAUGCAGGUCACUAUAGCUUUUAAUCACUUUGGCGAAGGGCUUGUCCAAAGAAUCCCAAGGUGUAGGCAUGGUUACUUCCAUGUGGUUAACAAUGACUACACCCACUGGGAAAUGUAUGCUAUAGGAGGGAGUGCUAAUCCAACCAUCAACAGCCAGGGGAAUAGGUUCACUGCACCAAAUAACAUAUUCAGCAAAGAGGUGACCAAGCAUGAAGACGCGCCGGAGAGCGAAUGGAAGCGGUGGAAUUGGAGAUCGAAAGGCGACCUGAUGGUGAACGGGGCUUUUUUCACGCCAUCGGGCGGCGGUUCGUCGUCGAGUUACGCCCAUGCCUCUAGCUUGGGUGCUAGGCCAUCGUCGCACGUUGCCACGAUAACGACCGAUGCCGGUGCUCUCAAGUGUAAGAAACUCUCUCGUUGUUGA